AUGCCGCCCAAGAAACGCGCCAAACCCUCCACCACGACAGCCACGCCGCACGCGUCCACCCCCAGCAAAACCCCCACCAAAGACCUCCCACCCACCACCCCGGCCGCCACCAGCGCGACCGCCGCCCUCGCCGCCUCCAUCCCCUCCGCCGAAGCCAUCCUCAACGACCCGUGGACCGACGACCAAGAGACGUCGCUCUUCAAGAACCUGAUCCGCUGGAAGCCGACGGGCCUGCACAAGCACAUGCACAUGCUGCAGAUCGCGUCGUCGAUGACGCGCGAGGGCUUCAGCUACCAGCUGCGCCACAACCUGCACGGGCCCGGCAGCAGCCACGACCACGGCUCCGCCAACCACACGCGCAUCCCCGGCAUCUGGAAGAAGCUCGCCGAGCUGUACGACCUCGACGCCCUCGACGAGCGCGAGAACGCCCACGCCCUGGCCGCGUGGCCCGACGUCGCGGACCGCACUUUCGCCUCUGCCGCGCCGCGGAAGCGGAGGAGGGAGAGAGGGAGAGGGACGAGGCGCGGGGGCCGUGGUGGUGGUGGUGGCGACGCCGACGGGGAUGUUGAGAUGGCGGAUGCGGAUGCCGACGCCGUUGCUACUGCCGAGGAGGACGAAGACGACGACGACGCGGACAGCGAUGGUCGGGACGACGAGGAUGGGGACGAUGCGGAGGAAGAAGACGAGGGCCCGUGGUUUGAGCUGCCGGGCGACGAGUUCGCGCAGCUCAUGUGGGACCGCAGGAUUGCCACUCCAAGCGUUGGCUCAGGAGGCAGGGUGGCAGCGGCAGCUGCAGCUGCAGCUGCGGCCGCAGCCGCAACAGGAGGAGGCGGCGGCGCUGGCGUGCACCACGACACCGCCGAUUCGGCCGAGGGAGAUGGCCUGGAGAAGAGUGGCCGUGGCAGGAGAAAGCCGUCGCCCCGCGUCAUGAUCGGCACCGAUCGCAGCAGCAGCAGCAAAGCAAACAAGCGGAGCGAGAGCCCGCCCGCGUGUCCGGAGCUGCUGCCCAAGGUGGGCGAUCCCGCGCCGUCGACCAUGGUCGAGCAGGACGCUGCCGCCGAGGCCGUAGACACGGACGACGCUCGCUCGCACGCCGGGUCGCCCGUGGGGGGCAGGGCCGCCAAGGCUGCUGGAGCCGCGGGUAGCGGCGCGAAAGGAGGCAUGAGAGCGGCGGCGGCGGCAGCGGCGCGCAGCAGGAGCGGCAGGGCCUCGGGCGGUCGCGGCAGCAGCAACAACAACGUCAACAAGGCUCAAUCCGAAGAGGAGGAUGACGAAGACGACGAGGAGAGCAGCAGCGAGGAGGAAGAGGAGAGCAGCGAAUCGCCGCCGGCCAAGGAUGGGGGCAGGGCGGCGCGCAGCAGCGGCAGGAGGACUGCGGCGAAGAGCGGUGGCGGCGGUGGCGGCACUACCAAGAGGACCAGCGGCCGGAAAAAAUGA